AUGGCCCAUGCGUUCGACAGGCAACGACGCCAACUCAGGUUCGGCACAGCCUUCAACACCACAACCUCCAUCCGACUUUCAUCUCAGCACACCAGCCGGGACGCAGCCCGCGCGGCGAUGCAAAGCCUUUACCGAUGUUGCGCCCGCGGCGAUCCGGUGGGCGCAGGGUCGACCUCUCCCGGCGGCGAUGCCCAGGCGCCCGCCCACCAGUUGCAGUCGCCGCUGUUCAGACUGCCCGCCGAAAUCAGACUGAUGGUUUGGGAAUACGCCCUUGGCGACGAGCUCAUCCACAUGGAGCAUUGUUCCGCUAGGAAAUGCUACGAGCCCGGCCAUCCUGCCGCCCCCGUGUCCUGGGCAAUCCUGUACAAGGAAGAACGCCUGGCCUGCGGCAAGACCUGGGCCCAGAAAGACUGGCUGAAAAACAUGAACUGGCACUUCGCCUCGACCGUCUGCACAAAGAAUGCCGAUCUUCCAGACGGACAGACCGUCAGAAAAGGCGCCAUCCUGGGCCUGCCUCUGAGCUGCAAAAGAUGCUACCGGGAGUCCUUGGCCUUUCUGUACAUGAACAACCUCUUCGACUUCAAGACGCCGCAGGAUUUCUUGUGUUUCUCCAAGACCAUACCUCGACCUCUCACCACUCCCGUCACACGCAUCCGCAUCCGCCUGGUUCUCAACUGGUCUCUGAACUACGCCCACAACUACCAGACCUACCGCACUCUGACCAAACCCCCCGUCUGGAAUCUGUUCUGCGCCGCCGUCUGGGCAAUGAAGCUGCAAGAGGUCCACGUCAACUUGCGACAAGCCAUCCCCUUGGGCCACAUCGCCGACGUCCUUUUGUUGCUGGACAGGCUGAGAGUCGAUCGAGUCGUGAUAGAGACUUACCAAAGCGUCGACGAGAUCAGGAGCUAUAUCGAGCAGACGGGGAGGAAAUACCACGUGAGAGAACGGGUACCUUGGGAAGAGUGUUUCGUCACCUUUGCAUCGUAA